CCAUGCCGAGGUUAGGAAUUGUGUCUGACAAACUCCCUGUGAACACUGCUAUUAAAUCAGGAAGAACUUCAGCAAGGGUGUCCCUGUCACCCCUGCCAUUUUUCCUGACAGGGCUGUAGCAGACAGCCUGGCACGCUGUGGUCACAUCUGAUCAGGGUUUUUAUGAGCUCUGUUAAUUCCAGGAGCAGAAUAUGUUUCAGCAGCCUUACAAUGCCAGCAGUUUGUGUAGUGGCUGGGUCGUUCUGAAGCUAUUGACAGAAACCUAAUUGCCCAUUUGGAAGGAAGGAUCAAGAGAUGCCAUUUUAUGAAGGGUUUCACUGGGGGUGACUUGUACUUGCAGGUGGAAAAUGAUCAGUCAUAUUCUCAUCGGCUGCAGCACGACAUGUAUUUCCUUACAAGCACCAGCCGGCUGAAUGAGCAAGUGGUUGAUAAAAUUAUUCUUCAGCUUAACAGAGUCUAUCCCCAAAUUCUUACCAAUGAAGAAGCAGAAAAGUUCAGGAAUCCAAGGGCAUCACUCCAUACCAGACUCUCAGAUCUGUUAAAGCACCUUCAAAAGAAAGGAGACAGACACUGUCAGGAGUUCUACAGGGCUCUGCAGAUCAAUGCUGAACAGCUGUUUAAUGACCUGCCAAGUAGGAAGAUCUUGAAAACCCCAGAUCCCACAGAGAUAGACACUGACAAGGAGCAAUAUAUGCUAAAUGACAGGGGCCCGGUGUUCUUCCUGGCCUGUUUCAGCGUGGCUGCAGGACUUGCCCUGUUUUGGUAUUGCUGUAACUCAGAUACAAAAGUCGUAGGAAGAGCCAGGAGAAUCUUGGGCUUUUCUCCUAUUAUCAUAGGAAGACAUGUUAGAAAUAUUUGUAUGUUGUAUCUGGAAGACAUAUCAAGAGAUUAAGGAAGAGCUGCCUCCUCGCUUGUCUGUACAGUAACCUGCCAAGGGAAGCCAACGGUGCAUAAAUAUUAAUCUCCUGUACUCAUACCAAAGAUUUUAUUAACUAGCUUCAUCAAUAAUUGCCUUGCCUCCAGAUGUAUUCAGAAUUUCAGCUAUAAAUGUCCUUCCCUCUGGGAACAGACCAUUUAUUUUUGUAAAUGCUUAUUUUAAAAUAUUUAUCGUUUGGAUAAAAAAAGGUAUUUUUUAAUACAAGCUUUAAAAGGAUCUCCUAAGUGAGGGCCUAAAGCCGUGUUUGCAUAUGUGUUUUGUACUGGAAUGAAGGAUCACAACUGUCUGAAGAAUGCUAGCCUGCCUUUUGUGGUAAUUAAUUUAAGAGAAGUACUUCAAACAAACACAUGCACUCAAAGCCUUACUAAGAAAUGGAUCUCCAUUUCGGAACUGUUUUGUCUGGAUCCUUUGUGCUGCCUGCCCUGAGCUCAGGUGUGAAAAGUUUAUGGGUGCCAGUUCCCUUUGUGUCUGCCUCGUGCUCAGAACGUCUUUGGAUUCCCCGCUGGUGCCUCAUCCCAGCCUGUUCCUGGUCACACCCUGCUGGCCCUGGUUUGGAUGCCCUGGACUGGUUCCCAGCCCACAGAGGGUCCCAGGGACUGGAAUGUCUGGCCUGAAGCACUUCAGACUACCAAGAAGAUGUUUAAGGUUUCUUUAGCUCUCCCUUUCCCAGUGAAGGGCUUUGCACUCUGUGUGUCUGAGAAACAGAACUAAUCCAAGAUACUUUGCAGUGACUUAAGUGACACAACAUGGGGCUUUUUUGUGGCCAGAAAUACUUGAAGAGCCUGGGGUUGUUCAUAUGUCAUGUGGUGAUGUUAUGUUUUCCUCUUCUGUGAGUUGAAACCUGAGAGACUUGCAGAAACCAUUGCAAGAUAAAAUUCCUGAGGGAGAGGCAGGGAGUUGGGCUGCAAGUCAAGCAGCUUGGGGUUUCUCAGCUUGCUCCUGCCCCAGUCAGUGCCAAGGGCUGUGGAGAGUUCUUCAGUUACUGCUCAAGAGCAGCAGGAGCUUGGGGAGACCAUGGUCCUGUACCUGGUGAGAAAGACACUUCUGUGGCUCUUCAUUCAGUCAGGAAAUUUCCAGAUCAAAUCAGAUGUCAUCUGAAUGAACAGCUACAGCACAAGGUACCAAGCACUGGAGGAUCUUGUGAAAUUUUCAGUCAUUUGGAGUGGUUUUUUUCAAAGCCGACUGAAAAUUGUCUUUCAGCUUUAAACCUUAAUCAUGCUAUUAAAAUGUCAUCAUCAGGGAUUUUUAUGUGGGUAGAUAGUGAUAGGACAAGGGGAAAUGGUUUAAACAGGCAGAGGGCAGGGUUAGAUGGGAUAUUGGGAAGAAGUUCUUGGCUGUGAGGGUGGGGAGGCCCUGGCACAGGUUGCCCAGAGGAGCUGUGGCAGCCUGGGCUAGUGGAAGGUGAUAACAAUAAUAACACCCAGCAGAGCAGAUUUUUUGACUCCUUUCUUGACCCCCCCCCCCCAGCUCAUGUGUCCCUUGAUCCCAUCUCAGGGGGAGCUCUUAUUAGGGAGAGAACAUCAUAUUUCCUACAGAAUUGGGCAGUCAGGAGGCUCUGCUGCCCCUGUUACACAGUGGCUGCUGCUGUGCUUCCUCCCAGCUUGGGGAGGGCUUUAAUCAUAGCCUCUUGUUUUCUCCCUGCCUUGCCUUGUGUUUAAGGUGAAAACAGGUUCUAUUUUUUCUCCAGCAAAGCAGAUCUAGUUUAUAACAUUUAAAAUUAUCCCUCUCUCCACUGGUGCUCCUCUAGCAGCCCCUUCUUGAGGGACUAAAAGAACUACCUCUGAAUGCUGAAGGGGUUUUAAAUCUCUGCUCUGAAGCCAAAUUUGAAACCUCAUUAGAGGAACAGUAUACUGUUGUUCACACAAAAAUCAUUAUUCCAAAUAAGACAGGCACCUCAUUUUGAAGCAGAAGCCUUACUGCUGCCAGGCAGAUUCUUUUUUUUUUUUUAGCUUACCCCCCAUGGAAUAGCAGGUUACAAAUUGUUGUGAGCUGCUGUUGAGACCUGCAGAAGUUAUCAGUGCCUUUCUGAAUCUGAAGAUGAGAAUUUGCUGUACUGCCCUCUUGGGCCAAUCUAACCCUGUGCAGCAGGACAUGGUCCUCCUAGUGCCUUAAACAGUGCCUUCUUGGCAUGGAAACCAUAUGGAAUCAGGGAGUCAUAGACUGGGUUCAGUUGGAAGGGACCUUAAGGACCAUCUUGUUCCAACCCCAUGGGCAGGGACACCUUCCAGCAGCCCAGGUUGCUCCAAGCCCUGUCCAGCCUGGCCUUGGACACUUCCAGGGAUGGGGCAGCCACAGCUUCUCUGGGCAGCCUGUGCCAGGGCCUGCCCACCCUCCCAGGGAAAAAUUUCCUCCCAGUAUGGUACAGAGAAGUUAACUAAAGGCUAGAACUGUAUUUCCUCCCUUCCUGAGGUUGCUUGAGAUGAGGAUGCCUCUUAGGGGGAAGAAAAAUGUGAUCCAGGAUGAGCUGUGCCAAGGAGGUUUAGAGCUGGGAGGAGAGAGGAAAGAUGAGUCUUGGUUCAUCCCAGCGUUAAAGGACCUGACCACAAAGAAUAGAAAACAAUCUGUUCCUUUAUGAGUGCCAGUUACUAAUUCCAAAAGGGAAGGUGAGGCUGCCUGUAAGACUGGCAUGUGCAUAGGCUGGGAGACAUUCUUGGAAGAUUUUUCUUUCAGAAGCUUCUCUGCAAGCCCAUGCAGACAGUGAUAGUUCCAUCUUCAACUCCGGGAGGAAGCACAUGUGUGCCUGCAUGGGAGUCAGGUCCUUUUUGGCAACCAGUGUUAUGGACUGGGGAAUAAAUCAAGCAGGGUCUUGGAUGAGGCUGCCUGGCUGCAGAAUUCCAGUUUCCCUGGCAAGUCUAGAAUAUUAUCUUGGCCUUUGCUGCUGAAACUGUGCUGGUAUUUAUUUAUAACUGUGCUUCACUCUGAGUGCAGGGAGGUUGUCCUGGCUGGGUUGUAGGUGGGUACAUGUGCAGAGGGUGGGGGCAUCCUUGUGAGUGCUGCAUCCUCCUUGUGCUGCAGGCAGGAAUUUCACAGGAGCUAAGGAAAAGCAGGCGUGUUUCCAGCAUACCUUCUCUCACCUUGGGCAGCUCCCUGAAGAAGUUCUUGCUUAUCCCUGCAGCAUUGUGCCUUUAGUGGCAUUCCAGGCUAAGGAGGCAGGUGGCUGCUGGAGAGGGAUGCUCUCCUGGAGGGCUGGAUGUGGCUGUCAGGAAGGAGAUGAGGGUGGGAUGUGCAGGUCAUGGAGCCCUUGGCUCCUGCCAGCUCAGAUCCUGCUCUGCAGCAGCUGCUCCCACCAGGAACUGUCCCCCUGUGCUGCUGGGAGACUUGGGCACGAAUCCCAAGGGGAGGGAAUGGGGGAUGAGCUCCAGGUUCUUCAGCCCCAGGACCUCCUGAUACUUAGCAAAGAAAUCACCUCCUUCCCUGUUUUUCUUUGUGUGAAUGGGCAUUUUGAUUUAAGGUAAAGCUGAACCACCUCUGAUUGUCCUGGUGGUGAUGUUAGGGCUGUCUCUAUCCCAGGACAAGAGCUAUCCCAUGGGAUAACCCCCAGGCUGGCGUGCAGGUGCUGGCCUGAGCCGUGGAAAUGGUUAAGGCAGAGCGAUGGGGCCAUGUGUGCAGAGAGCUGGGAAGCGAAGUGACAGAUCCCACAAUGAAUUUGCACAAUUCCAUUUAAAGCCAGCCUGCUAUUUAGAGGACUUGGUGAAGGAUGGUGUGCCUGCGAUCCGGAGUGGGAAGGAAGUGAUGAUUCAUUCUGGAUGCGCUGGGCUCUGUCAGAGCUGCUGGCUGGAGUUCACAAAGCUCCCGAGGCAAACCUACUCCUCUUGUUUCUUUCAUUUGUCGUUAUUCUUCUCAUACUGUAAUAAAGUGAAAACAUGUUCAGUGUGUGCAGAUGUUAUUCCGCGUUAUUCCAUGUUUUUAUGCCACGCCUCGGCUGUGCCCCAGCACUGCUACCCAGGAGCAGUUUGCUGCUCUUCCCGAGGUCCUGUGCCUUGUAACAAUGUCUCUGAAUGUACAUCUCCCUGGAUCCUGUAGAAAUUCAUGGAUUUCUUUUUUUUAAUGGGAUAAAGCUGGCAAUUCAAUUGAAAUAAAAUCUGUACUGAGAAAAGGA